CAUCUACGGUAGAGGUUAAGGGUUAAGUUCUGAAAUCAUCCAAGGAUGUAUUUCGAUGUUCUUUAGAUAAACAAUUUUUAUUGACAUAAUUGCCGUUCGCUGACCUUUGGUUACAUUGCAGUCUCUGAACGGCCAGGUACGUACUGGUGCAUGCGGAUCCAUUUUGCAGUGCACCGCCCCAGCUUAAACUAAUAUGGAUAUACCACCUGCGAUAAUUUUAUCCCUGCGCUGCAUACGGCAUACUUUUUUUCUUCAUUUGGAGAAGGAACUAUAAGAAGUUCCAUUAUGACAUGGAAGGCGUUCCAUACAUUUAAUGUCCACUGUGUUUUUCCGGAAAGUACAAUCUCCCCCAGUGAGCAACAGUUCCCGGAAGCACCGCAUUGGCGAAUACAUGUACAAGUACAUGUGCUUCACUGUAUUGGCUUUUACUAAAGAGGUAAACAUCCUCCAGUAACCAUGUGGCUCUUGCGAAUAUCUUGUCUGGCAUACUUUGUGACAACCUGCCUGACACAAAACACCGAAGCACAAAAUGUGUACAUUCCUGCUGGAAGCCCAGUGCUUAGCAUCCCUUGCGUGAGUCUGAAACCAGACGAAACAGUUGGCAUUCUGUACUGGUACAAGGGAGAAAGCUUCGAGGAGGCUUUGGAUACCGUUCUCAUACGGUAUGACAGCAGUGGUGAUGUAAACUCCACGGCAAAUGAGAAGUAUCAGUUACUUCCAUCUUUUAACUUGGGGAUCUUGGACGUAGAGGCGACCGAUACGGGAAAGUAUUGGUGCCGAGUGGUGGCGCUGAACACUGGUGAACAACAGGAGGGUUCGGUCAUUGUGACUGUAGUGAGCUCAGCGAGUCUUGCCGAACCUGUGGUGUCCCCAUGCAGCAAUUCAGACGAUGAUAUAUGCAAUGUCGUCGAGUCGCGACGUCUGGUAGUCGAUUGUUCAGUAACAAAUGCCUCCCCGAGACCAACCCUGACCUGGUCGUUCAUUGGUUGCUCUGGCGGCAACAAUCAGUCCCAGCAGUGGUUUUUGUCCAAUAAACAGUCGUAUUACAACGAGGACACCCUAAGCUAUAACGUGAGCCAGGGGAUCUAUCUGGGCAGGCUGAAACUUGAAAAAGACGACACUUGCUCGUUCGAAUGUGAGACAACAGGUGUUGUGGUAAACAAUGGAUCAUCAACGAUUGCCAACGGAUCAGCGAGUGUAACCGUCGUUGUCACAGGAAAGGAUAAAACCGACAAUGACAAUGGCCCAGACGACACAAAUGACGGUGGUGGUGCCACACCGACCAAGGGACCGAAUCUGGCUCUGACAGCUGUCAUCAUUGUCCUCGCCUUUAUUUCUUUGGUGUGUUUAAUUGGCAUUGUGUACCUCAUAUCCAGAGUGUGGUUCACUCGAGGAAGAACCAAAGUGGAUGAAGAAAUUGAGAUGAGAAAAACUAAAGAUAAUCAAGAUGAGAAGAUGUGUCUUCUAAACGCCGAGACCGACAAAGGAAGGACCCAAGACAUAACAGGUGAGAUGACCCGCUGGCAAUAUAAGGGCAAGCUGUCUAAGAAACAGAAGGGAUCGGGAGACGCCUUGCAGGGGGUGACAGGUGUUUUACCCUCGGCAGGCGGAGGCCUGGUGGUAGCCACUCAGAGCGGUCUACAAUGCUUCUCAGCAAACUUUACCUCUAUCUCAAUGAAAGAGGACUCGGACCUGUCUCAGGACAACAUCAUCAGCAUUGCAAGCCAUCCUAAUACCCACUCGUUCAUUGUCGGUCUGGAGACAGGCGGAUUGGUCUUCGUCAACGUCUUGACCGGUAAAACCAAGUCGAUUUUCCCAAACGAGGUUGACCCCGACUCCCAAUUUAAUACCUCAGAGAUCGCAGUGGACGACCUGGGCGUUAUCUUCGCCGGUCAGAGGAACGACCGGACCGUCUUUAUGUUGGAGACCUGCACCACUUACAUCAAGAAGUUCAGAGUCGAAAUCAACAUCUCGACCCUCACGGCGUACGGCUCCAAGCAUGUCUUUGUCAGCAACGGAAAGGACACCAUCCAGAAGUACCACUUCAAGAGAAGCAAGAGUGGUUACGACAUGAUGAAGUUCAAGAAUAAGAUCAGUGUGAACCCCAUUGGGAGUUUUGGUAUCAAGCAGAUAACUGUACACGCGGGACUUUUGUACGCCGUGAAUGGCUACGACACAGGCUGUAGAAUACUACAGUACGAUGUGGAGACCUUUGACCUCUUGCAGACUUUCUGUUCCAGUCUCUGCGAUCUGCAGGGGCUGUGCUUCUUUGGGGAGUUCAAAGUGGCCCUUUACGAAACACACUCGGUGAAAAUAUACGAAAAGAGCGAGUCGGACAAACUGGACAACUAUGUUCUGGUGUGAUGUGAGUUAAUCCACUAAAUUGUCCAACGCCGUGGCUCCGUACACUGUAAAAAAAAGUUGGGUGAAACACUGUUGGCAAUGUUAUUUGCCCAACAGUGGUAUGAAGUUUAAUCCCCAUCGACAAACUACAUUAAGAAGGGUUUGCCCAAACACACUUGGCACUAUACUUCAAUUUUUAAACCACCAAGGAAUAUGGGUGUGUACCUGUGCAGUGAACAGAUUACUCAAUCUUGAACUGCUGCAGAAAACUGAUCUCAUGGCCUGAUGAAGAGGGAUAUAUUGUGAAGCCCUUUUUUUAUGAGAUUUUUUUAAUUGCAAUGUAAAUCAGUCAGGUUCCGAAACAAGGAAACCUCUUUCAACAUCUUCCCAUGCACAGGCAUACACCUUUGACUCGGGCCAGCUGAUUUCCUCGUUCGUCAUUUCACACUUUUACAAUAAAGGAAAAAUGGAAAACACAGUAAGCUUAAAAUUCCCCACUGUUAUUGUUGAUUGCAAGUUGUAAACCUGUAUGGAUUUCUCAUGCCCCGGGCUUGAUGUUUCUAUCAAUGUAAAAUAUUUCUGGAAUAUGUACAUAUGUAAAAACUGACCAAAAUGAACAGGUGGAUUGGAUGUGUUUAUAUACGGAGCCAGAAAUCAUCAGUGGAAUUCAUUGUUUCGUUACACAGAUAUGAAAAUGAAAUACAAUGAAUACGUGCAUUGUGGGACUCUGGACAAAUCAUUUUUAACAACAAAUAAAUCAAAACAUGUUUCAGUGUCAAUUGAGAAAAAUCCAGAUUUACUACUGCCAAUAAUCGUGCCACAGGCAGAUGAAUUAGCCUGAAAAACAGAAAUGAAACGGCAAUAAUAUGUUUGUUAUAGGAUGAAAUAUCGAUAUGAAAUUGAAAGCAACAACGUUUUAGUCAUUUUCAAUGCAAUGGUUUCACUCUACUUCGGCUUAAACUUACGUGAUUAUUUUACCCAGUGUUUGAUUUUUAAGCACUUAUUUCAAAUAUUGCAUUUAAAUGAAUGAAAUUGUCUAAAGAAUUGAUUGGUAGUGUUUGAAAAUUAGGGAAUUGUAAAACUUGUAAAUAUCUUCAGGUCCUAAUUAUGGUGCUUGCCAUUGCAAUAUGUCCCCUUCCCCCUCCGAUAAAUAAAAAGAUUUUGAAAUUUAGGAUUUUUCA